AUGGUUAUCACAGGCACUUGGUAUCGUGUAGGAGCUUUCAGUAGUAAAACAGAUCGAUUAAAUACAUUUCAAAUCGUAUUAGCCACUGAUAGUGAUCGAAGUUUUGUUUUUCUACUUUAUCACGAUUUGCAAUGGGCGGGACCGGGAUAUACCACGGAACCAUACGCUCAAGCAGGUUUCAAUGCUGGUGAUGGUAUUGCUUUCGAGAUGCUUCCGUAUUCGCGUACCAAGGACAUAGUGCGUCUGGUGAAUGAAAGCAAUGUUAACGUACCUGGUCUAUUUGUUUUCCGUGUAGACACAGACGAAAUUGAUGCUGGUGGCUGUAGCAGUAAUGUAUCUGUUGUUACUCUGCGUCCGCGCAUCAGCUCACAGCUAGGAUCUACAGCACUGAAUAUUCAAGGACCAUGCUUCAGCAAUUCGACCAUACUUAAAUGUCGAUUUGGUUCAUUAGCGGAAAUCGUCGACGGCAUCGUAGUUGACACAUUUCGAGCCAUAUGUUUGACACCCCUUGCUCCUGUACAUGGACCAGUACUAGUGAGUUUAUCGAUUGACAACGGUGUUUCAUAUAUGCCAGUUAGUGUUUUUACAUAUGCUCAAAUGCAAUUUGGUUCCGACGAUGUCAUCAUUGGCACAGACAAUCGAGACAAUGUACUCAAUGCUUUACAAUAUAUCAAUCUUACAUGGCGUUUUCCGGAAUCUUCACGAGAUACGUUUCCCAAUGGGACUACCAUUGAAAUAGAACUAGUCGAAGUAAGCCUUAGCAACGGCUCACAAUUACAACAGAAGAACUCGCCUAUGAUACUUGCUCGAGGCUUGACUCCUGGUGUUACUUCAUCUCGUCUUCUUUUACCAGAAAGUAUUACCUUUAUUACAGCAUGUUUUAUCCGUGUUGUAGCUCGUUUUGAAGCCAAAGCAUAUGCUGGGCUGAAUACAGGCAUACUAACUGUACGUAGUCAGGAGUCAUUUGCAUCUGAAUCCUGCGUCGAAUGGUCUCGCCAGCAGCCUGAACCAUCCACAUGGAAUGGUGGCAUUCUCCCUUGUCCAAUGACACGCACACAAGCAGUUGCUGCUGGUCGUUGUUGUUAUGAAUCUGACGGCCAAUGUUACCGAAAUAAUCCUAAUUCCAACAAUUGUUGGCUUCAUCAAGCUCGUCCUGGACAUAAUGAAAACUCAGCUGUUGAAUGCUAUGUAUCGAAAAGCUCAAAUAUUCAUGGUGCUGGAACAGAAUGUUGUUAUGAUUUUGAAGGACAAUUAAUUACGCGCGGCACUGGAGCAGGCACAGACGAUCGAUAUCGACCGGCCGUAUUACCAGUGCAACAUUUUUUUGAAGAUACAUUACCAUAUCUACAAUGUUGUAUGAUUAGUACCAAUGUUGAAAUGUGUAAUACAUACAUGUACUAUCGACCACCACGCCGAGGCAGUAAUACAAUGGGUCAAAGUGGUGGAACAUGGGGUGAUCCUCAUUUCAUUACACUAGAUGGAACAUCUUACACAUUCAACGGUUAUGGAGAAUAUACCUAUUUGGCCAUUAGUACACUCUAA